CUCUUGCUCGCGUCCUGAGGCAGCAGCCUUCAAGGGAAGAGCAGUUACUUUGAGAAUAGUGCUGCAAGGGUUCGGAGCUCCUUAGGAGAUGGUACAAAAGCACCUCUGAGAGACGACAUAGGAGGGAAGAAAUGAUUCAGCGUUUGAGCCUGAGAUUUGAAAGCCUGGUCCAGUUGCACUGUGCUUGCAGACAGCUGCGUGCUCUGUCCUACAGAAGAGUUUGCAGAGCACAAUGGAAGCCUGUGCCGUCCGUGUGUCCCGUACGGCCUGUUCGUCUGUACUCACAGCUCUGGCAAAGAAACACGUUAAUCAGUGUUGCCUUUCCACACUACAGGCAUCUAGCUACAAAGGAGGAGAAGAAAAAGACCCGAAAGAAAAUGCCAGUGACAAAAGGUGAAGUGGAGAUAAAGCAGAAAAUGACAGUUGAGGAACUUGCAAGAGCUAUGGGCAAAGAUGUAGAUCAUAUUUUUGAAGCUCUGCUGUACACAGAUGUUGACUUUGAUUCACUAGAACCAGAUUCCAUCUUAUAUGAAGACCAUAUCAAGUUAGUUGUUAAAAAAUCAGGAAUGAAGUAUAAGUCAGCAAAACUGAAAGAAGAAAAAGAAAAAGAAAAUACAGAUGCUGUGAAAAGACCUCCUGCAGACCCAGCUGUACUAACCCCGCGGCCUGCGGUUGUCACUAUCCUGGGCCAUGUUGAUCAUGGGAAAACAACUUUACUCGACAACCUACGGAAAACUCAGGUGGCAUCAAUGGAAGCAGGCGGCAUCACACAACACAUCGGUGCUUUUCUGGUGCAUUUGCCUUCUGGGGAAAGGAUAACGUUUCUUGAUACUCCUGGGCACGCAGCCUUUUCAGCUCUGCGAGCGAGGGGCACCAACGUCACCGAUAUCGUCAUACUGGUCGUAGCAGCAGAAGAUGGAGUCAUGGAGCAAACCGUGGAGUCCAUCCAGCAUGCUAAGAACGCGGGAGUUCCUCUUAUCCUUGCUAUUAACAAAUGUGACAAACCUGAAGCUGAUCCUGAAAGAGUAAAGAAGGAAUUGCUGGCUCACGAUGUCGUUUGUGAAGAGUUUGGAGGCGAUGUUCAAGCUGUAAAUAUUUCUGCACUCAAGGGUGAAAAUCUGAUGGUAUUAGCAGAGGCAACAGUUGCUUUAGCAGAAAUGUUAGAACUGAAAGCGGAUCCCACAGGUCUGGUAGAGGGGACUGUGAUUGAAUGUCGGAAAGACAAAGGAAAAGGUCCAGUUACCACAGCCAUCAUCCAACGAGGAACUCUGAGGAAAGGCUGCGUUCUGGUUGCAGGGAGGACCUGGGCCAAAGUGCGUCUCAUGUUCGAUGAGAACGGCAGAGCCGUAGAUGCAGCCUCUCCAGGUAYCCCGGUGGAAAUCAUGGGAUGGAAGGAAGUCCCUUCAGCUGGAGAUGAAAUCCUUGAAGUGGAGUCUGAGCAAAGGGCCCACGAGGUUGUUGCCUGGAGAAAUUAUGUUGAACAGCAGGAGAAGAUGAAAAAGGAUUCGGAAGUUAUUGAAGCAAAGCAAAAGGAGCACAGGACCGAGUAUGAGAAGCAGCAGCAGAAGCUGGGCCAUCUCACCUGGAGGCAGAGAAAGGCAGUGCUGUACAAGGCUAACAAACAUCUCAUGUUUGUUAAGCCAAAAGAGAGAGUAGAGAUUGACAAGAACGUGCUGUCGGUAAUUGUUAAAGGUGAUGUGGAUGGAUCCGUUGAAGCUAUUCUAAACAUUCUGGACAGCUACGAUGCUCAUCAUGAGUGUAAACUGGAGGUCAUCCAUUUUGGAAUGGGAGAUAUCAGCGAAACUGAUAUAAGUCUUGCUGAAACUUUCAAUGGUGUUGUAUAUGGAUUCAGUGUGAAAGCCAAUGAAACUAUUAAAAAGCUGGCUGCUAAGAAGGGAAUAAAAAUUAAAAUUCACAAUAUCAUCUACCAGCUUAUUGAUGAUGUAAAACAAGAGCUAAAUAGCAGAUUACCCCCAUCUGUGGUGGAAAAUACAAUAGGGGAAGCUUCUGUACUCGACACCUUCUCUGUAACAGUAGGAAAAAGUAAAGUUCCAGUAGCUGGGUGCAGAGUACAUAAGGGGCUGCUAGACAAAAAGAUGAAAUUUAAGUUAAUCCGUAAGGGAGAUGUUAUUUGGAAAGGUUCCUUAUCAUCACUGAAGCACCAUAAAGCUGAUGUCCAGGUAAUAAAAAGUGGUAUGGACUGUGGCCUAAGUUUGGACAAGGAUAUAGAAUUCAAGGCUGGAGAUGAAAUUAUCUGCUAUGAAGAAAAAGAAGUUGAACAAACAACUUCCUGGGAUCCAGGAUUUUAAAAUACAUUUGGAUACACUAAAGGACAUG